CCGCAGACCGCAGACCGCAGACAGAACAGAAGAUGAGGAUGAGCCCCGUUUGAAUUGACGGACGGACGGGUUGGACGGAUCGGGCAGUCCGUUUGUUUUUUGAUCUUUCCGAACCUUCGUUUGUUGCUGCUAUGGCUGGCUGGCUGUUAUUCUGAAGAAGUAAUGAAUGAAUGGCAUUUUUGAAGAGAAAAAGUUUACAGGUCAUUCGCCCAAAUGGGCAAGGCGUUUUGGCCAACCUUUACAGAGUCGGGGACUUGGUCGCUGAGAACCAGCCGUUCGUUCGGUUCGGUUGAUUUGGUCCCUUUUGCUCGCUUGAUUCGUUCCAAGAGAUUCGAGAAAUUCGCUUUCGAAAUAGGGGACUCUGUGUGUGUGUGUAUGUGUAUGUGUGUGUGUGCGUGGGAGGCAACUCUAACUCGCCUCAAGGAGGCUCGGAGGGGGGAUUCCCGGCUUCUUUCUUGUCAUGUCGUCCUGUCUUGUCUUGUCUCGUCUGAAGUACACUACACUACACCAAGAUUCAAACUCCGACUCCCACACCAGACGCUGGUGGUACUCAAAGCUGCUGGGAACAUAUCGGUAUCACUAACACUUGGGGGGAAAAAAGCGUCAAAAGUCGUUUCACAUACCCGCUGGGGUGAACCCUUCUCUGCUUCCCGCGUUCCGUCUCGUCUUCCAUCUGAUCGUCCGGUCUUGUCGAGGAAUUUCGGAGAAUCUACGACUUCCUUUACACUUUCACUUUUCCACCAUUUCUCCAUCAUCUCCAUUCUUUUUCUUCACUUUCAACUCAUCCAGCUGGCCUGUGCAUUUCCUUUUCCUGAAACAGCCCAGCGCAGGUUUCGCUUUCCUUUCUUCUUUUUUCUUCCAAACAGAAGCAAGGCAGGUUCUUAACUUUUGUACGAGUUCUUGCCUAUCCAUGACGACCUGGACAACAUCCUAGAAGCUUUUACUUGUCCCAUUCCACGUCGAUCAUCAUCAGACUUGGAUCGAUCCGAUUUCUUGGCUUGGAGACGUGGACCGUGAGCACCUGGACCGCCCAGGCCAAUCCACCAAACGAACAAUUACCCAGUUCUUCUCAUUCUUCGCUGCCCAUCCUUCUCUCACUUCCUGCGUUGCUCUGCUCUACACUACUCGCUCUCCUCCUUUGAGCACACAGGGGCCCUAUUCCCGUUGAGGAGAUCCUUCUUGUUCUUUCACUUCUCCUUCCAGGUUGAUCCUCGGCUUUUGUCCAUUGCUUGGCUUUGACCAUCCAGUCCUUUUUUGACGUCAAUCAUCUAUCGUCGUCGUCGUCGUCGCUUAGGAAGGGGGUUCAAACCAACAAAACAAGCAAGAAACAACUUUGCCUUUGUUAGUCAGUCGCUCACUUUCAACCAAUCACCACUUCCACACACACACACACACCAUUCAUUGUUUGACUACCGCGACAUCUGAUCGAUACAUCCUACACAUCGAAAUAUCAUAUCCAACUUUCCGAGAACCGGCUUCGAGGAUACCACUACUGCACGCCACGGCAAUCUUUCGACGGCAUACAUACAUGAGUUAAGGGGGUUUUGGAACGACACCACAAUACAUCCAACUUUCGACCAUUUCGCAGCGCAUAUUUCUUAUCUACAGCAUCAUCGACGACACAGAAUAGAAGGGGAGAAGGAAAAAAAGCAAUUUGCAUACGAUACUGGCGAACAAGAAUAGAAGGAACUGAAUAGGACAUCACCAUUCGAGUCGAACAUAUCGACCAUUCAUUCAUCAACACACACAACAACAAACACCAUGAUCCGCAGGAAGCGGACGGCCCUCGGGGCCUUCUUCGCCGGGCUCUUCAUGGCACAGGGAGUCAUGGGCGACGACAUUCUCAAGACGGUCGGCUUCAACAUAUGCGAGCAGGACGCCCAGGUUUCGGUACAAAGGGCUGAUAUCACCUACAACAACGCCGACAGGACCGUUGUUUUCAACGUGGCGGGAACGAGCAACCAAGUACAGAACGUCACGGCUCAUCUUUCAGUGACGGCCUACGGGAUGAACAUCUACGACAACACGUUCAACCCUUGCGAUGAGGGUACUUUUGUGAAGCAGCUAUGCCCUGUCCCCGCUGGUUCCUUUUCCGCCAAAGGAUCCCAGGUACUUACUCCAGAGGUAGCCAGCAUGAUACCGCCGAUAGCCUUCCAGAUCCCCGAUAUUGCCGCCAUGGCCAAGCUCGAGCUGCUAUCUAAGGAGUCUGGACAAAACGUCGCAUGCAUCCAGUCUGAAGUAACGAACGGUAAAACCGCCGCCGUCCCCGCCGUCUCCUAUAUCGCCGCCGGCGUGGCCGGCGCCGCCCUCAUCUUGACCGGUAUCUCGGCCGCUGGAGCUGCCGUUGCCGGAAGUAGCGCCGCCGCAGGCUCAGCAGGAGGAGCUGCGAGUAGUGCCGGCGUGGGCACCAUCAGCCCCAGCUUCACCGAAGUCUUUGGCCAUUUCCAGGGCAUGGCUAUGAACGGCAUGCUGUCUGUCAGCUACCCUCCCGUCUACCGCAACUUCGCCAAGAACUUUGGCUUUUCUACGGGCAUCAUCCCGUGGGCGGCCAUGCAGACCUCCAUUGACGACUUCCGCCAGAAGACGGGCGGAAACCUCACUCACAACAGCUUCACCUUCCUCCGGGAGAACGCCACGCUCGUCUUUCCCGACAACACCACCACCACGCUUCACGAGAACAAGGCUUCUUCCGCGCCCGUCAAGCGCGCCUUCACCGAGUUCAUCCGCCUCGCCGCUCGCGAGAUCGAGACCAGUGUCAACCUCACGGAUUCCAGCGCAGCUAACACUACCGACUCCGGAAACGGAACCACAACCGCCUCCGACAACACCGACAGUUUCCGCGUCGCCGUCAAGGGCAUCCAAAGCUACGUCCAGCAACUCUCCAUCCCGUCCGCCAAUAUGUUCAUGACGAUCCUGCUCAUCGUCGCCAUCAUUAUCGCCGCCAUUGUCGUCGGCAUCCUGCUGGUGAAGGUCGUUCUCGAGAUCUGGGCCCUCUUCGGCUCUUUCCCCGCCAAGCUCUCCGGUUUUCGCAGAAACUACUGGAUCUCCAUCACACGCACCAUCACCUCGCUCAUCAUGCUUCUGUACGGCGUCUGGGUCUUGUAUUGCGUCUUCCAGUUCACGCAGGGCGAUUCCUGGGCGGCCAAGCUUCUUGCUGGCCUUACCCUCGGGCUCUUCACCGGUAUUUUGGCCUUCUUCAGCUACAAGAUCUGGAGUACCGCGCGGGAGCUCAAGAAGCGCGAGGGCGAUGUGGCAGGGCUCUACAAUGACAAGAACAUCUGGGUUCGGUACUCGCUUUUCUACGAGAGUUACAGGAAGGAUUACUGGUGGAUUUUCGUGCCGACUAUCGUCUACAUGUUCAGCAAGUCGGUCGUUCUCGCGGGGGCGGACGGGUCAGGCAUGGUGCAGACGAUUGCUCAGCUCACUAUCGAGGGGCUGAUGCUUUGUUUGCUGAUCUGGAGCCGGCCGUACGAGAGGAAGAGUGGAAACGUGAUCAACAUCAUGAUUCAAACGGUCAGGGUCCUGUCGGUGGUCUGCAUCCUGGUGUUUGUCGAGGAGUUUGGCAUUGCGCAGACGACGCAGACGGUUACGGGCGUCGUGCUCAUCGCGGUGCAGAGCACGCUGACGGGCAUUCUGGCAAUUCUGAUUGUCUGGAAUGCGAUCAAUGCUCUUUGCAAGGCGAACCCGCAUCGGCAGAAGAGAAAGGAGAUGGAAAAGUUGCAACAGCGCGACACCCUCACCCCCCUCGACGCCCGCAACUCCCUCCUCCUCGGCCGUGCCAAGACCGCCGACUCAACCUCCACCUUCUCGACCCUCGACAAGCCCUACGCGAACCACGACGAAGAAAAAGCCAUCCUCGCCUCCCGCGACUCGGCCGCUCCUCCUCUCCCCGACCUCAGCCUCAUCCCCGGCCCCAACCAACGCACCUCCACCGCCACCACCACCGCUGGCCCUGGACCGGACGUCGGUAACAAGGCUGGUUCCAAGCUCGGCAGAAUCCAAUCCGGCUACACCAUGUCCGUCUACUCCGACUACUCCCGCUCCACCACCCCAUUCCAAUACGACGGUUCCGCCGCGCCCCCGAUGCCUCAGCAGCCGCAACAGGUUCAACAGCAGUCAUCACUAGGCAGGAUGGGAAGUCGCGAGCAACUCACUGCCAGUCCCGCGCCCAUGGGGAUUUCGAAUCCGCCUGUGAACCCAAUGACUCGCCAGCCAACUGUCCCCAACGUCGGAGCAGCUGGUACUGGUUAUCGCGGGAUGCCUGCCACCAAUCAGGGUCAGGCGGCACAGGGUCAAGGUCCGAGGCCGGCACGAUCUGGGUCCGCACCGGGCAUGGCUCCGGGACAACAAGGAAGUGGAUACCAGAUGCGGUUCCAGCCGCAACGGCCGCCGAGGUAUGGAGCUGGUAGUCAGAGUGCUGGGAGCGCGGUGGGCGGGGGCGGUUAUGGACAGCAGCAGCAGCAGCGACAGGGAAGCCAGAGUAGCCAGGGAGGAUAUAAUGGUCAACAGCAGCAGCAGCGGCAGGGAAGCCAGAGUAGCCAGGGGGGUUACUACGGCCAGCAACAACAGCAGCAGCAGCAGCAGGGUGGACCGGUUUAUAGGCCGCAGUACUAGCUGCAAGUAGCAGAUGCAGUCACGGCAGCAGUCAUGGUACCUAAAAGUGGUGGUUAAAGUAGAGGGGGCAAAUGAGGAGAGAUAUGGUGAGGAAGAGUGUGUAGGAUUAAGAAAGAAACAGAGAGGGAAGAUUGAAGAUUUAAUGAUGAUGGAAAGCGACUACAUACCUACCUACCUACCUAGGAAACAAACUUCUGUUUUUGUAUUUUUUUUUGUUUUUGUUUUUGUUUAUUGUUUUUUUUUUUUUUUGCGAACUCUGAUACCAAUGUAACUUUUCUAAACCAAGGAUAUAUUCUUUUUAAUUUGUGACUACCCAAGCUUAUCAUUUUUCGACUUUGUUUGUUGAACCCCUUUGUGGUAAUCUUUGAGGUGAGUAGGUAGAAAGAAAGAUGAGGUACCUACCAUUCGAGAUAGGUAUGGAGGGUGCUGGGCUUAAGCA